AGCUCAGCUUUUCCCUGUGCUCACCACAGCAGCAGUCAGCUUCCUCCACUGGACUUUUCUCUCUGCUUCUCCUCAGUUUAUAUACAUUUUGUUGCUGUGUUUGCAUUUUCCGUCGCCUGCUGGCUAUGAGGAAUUUCAUGUGUCCGUAGUUUUGGUCACUUUUCCCAGUUGGACAUUUUUUGGGGGGUUGGCGUCGGUGUAGUUUUUAAUUUCUUUUCUUCUUUAUUGGGCGUUGCGAGAGGACUUAAACAUGUCGAGAAACGUGGAGGAGGUGAACAAGCUAACUGAAACUACAUACAAGAGUGUGAUGGACCAGUUCAACCCGGGACUGAGGAACCUCGUCAACCUGGGCAAGAACUAUGAGAAAUCAGUGGCUGCAAUGAUCCAGGCGGGGAAGUUGUAUUUUGAUGCAAUGUCUAAGAUUGGGGAGAAUGCUGCGGUGUCUCCUGUCUCCAGAGAACUAGGUGUAGUGCUGAUGGACAUCUCAGAGGUCCACAGGAAGGUUAAUCUUGAGCUGGAAGAAAAUUUUAAGAGGUUCCACAGGGAGAUAAUAUCCGAGCUGGAGAGAAAGACUGACAUGGACGUCAAAUACAUGACAGCCACGUUUAAGAGGUACCAGAUAGAGCACAAGAUGAAGCAGGACUCUCUGGAGAGGUCGCAGUCAGACCUGAAGAAGCUGAGGAGGAAGAGUCAAGGAAAGAACGCCAACAAGUACGAGAGCAAGGAGAGCGAGUGCCUGGAAACGUUGACAAGCCGUCAGAUGGACAUGCAGCUGUUCAUCGCAGACGGCUGUAAGGAGGCUCUGCUGGAGGAGAAGAGACGCUUCUGUUUCCUGGUGGACAAACACUGCCUGUUCUCCUACCAGUACGCCUCCUUCCAUGAGAAGGCCAGAGAGAUGCUGACGGCGAAGCUGAACAGCUGGCAGGACCAGUGCAGCGACUCCUCCGACAUGCCGGACCGGGUCCUCACCAUGAUCGAGGGGCUGCGCACCCCCGUCUCCAUCACGCCCAUGCCCUCCCCCUCCCCGUCACGGCACAGUGUGAACAUGUCUACUCCGCCGGCUCCUCCUCUGAAGGCUCAGACCAGUCCUCUGGCCAACAUGUUCACUCAGGAGGACAACGCGCCCAGUGUCCCCAGCAGCCUCAACAACAGCAUAGAUCACGGGAGUAGCGAGGAAAACAAUCUUGCCAGGUCCAUGUCCGUCGCCACCGGCCUCAACAACAUGGUGAAGAGGCCUCGUGUGCGCACCAUCUUCCCCCACACCGCCGGCAACAACAAAACCCUGCUCAGCUUCGACGAGGGGGACGUCAUCGCCCUGCUCAUCCCCGACGAGAGGGACGGCUGGAUGUACGGAGAGCUGGAGAAGAGCGGGAAGAGGGGCUGGUUCCCUUCAUCUUACUGCCGUGCACUCUCCGAGCCUCUCGUGAAUAACAACAGUGUGUCUGCUGCCCCGUUCCGCAGCAGAAGCGUGGUCAACCUCCACCAUCAGGACUCGGAGACGGACGAUGCGACCAUGGUGCUCCCCCCGGCGGACUACAGCGACACCGCGCAGCGAAACGCCACCAAGAACAACAUCAGCCCCCUCGCCACAAACAACAACAACCACCAGCACUCCCCCACGCCCUCCGCAGCCUCCUCCACCUCCUCGUCCGAUCACACGGCAUCGCAGGCUAAUGGCACCUCGAGACCUGGUCAGCCUGCUUACCUCGCGGGAGGGAACCCAUUCGCCACAGUCCGGCUACGUCCAACCGUCACCAACGACCGCUCCGCACCGUCCAUCUGACCGGGCCUCAUUUCCACUCACCCUCCAUCCUCACAACAUCCUGUCCAACUUCCUGUGUCCUCCAUACAGCUCCGCCCUGCCUCCACUGUCCAGAGGCUUCUCCUCAGUCUGAACUGAGACAGAACUUGGCCAGCACUGAGAAAAAAAGAAAAUGCCAUUUGAAUCUGUGAUCCCCUCACUGCUGCAAAACUCUCACAUGGAAGUCAUUUGGGACUGUUUUAAUUUAACAGAACGAAUGCUCAUAUAUUUAAGAUAUAUAUCUAUAUUUUCUAUGUCUAUUUUUGUCCCUCUGUUUUGUGGUGGUGAUGUUUAAAAGACCACAUUCGUACCUGCACUUGAGAAAUGGAUAAAUAAAAAUGCUCAAAGAAAAUAUUUAUUUUAAUAUUUAUGCUGUUGAUGUGGCUUUUUCAUCGUCCAAAUGACUGUUAGAAAAAUAUUUUCUGUUGCCAUAGGACAGUAGAAGAAUGUACUGUAGGACCUCUGCAUUUCACCGUCAGGUCCUCAUGGAAAUGUUGCAUCCUAGAAGAGACCUUUACAGAGAUGCAUCCAAAAAAAGGCACACUAGUGAUCUUUGUAUAUACAUUUGUUGUGAACAGAUGCUAUACAUAUUGUCCUUUGCCAUCUAACUUAAUUUUUUUGUGGAGCUAGAAAAAUGUGGAGACAGGACUUUUGCCUUAAUGACACAAACAUAACUACUGUAAAAAUAUAAUUUACCUGUUGUAAUCCUAACAUUGUGGACAAUCAUUCCUGCUUUCAUCAUUACACACAUCAUUUAAAGAACAGUGUGUACACUUGUUUGACCCACAUUGCAACCUUAAUAGAAUUUGCUGUAUGAAAUAAAGGUGUAUUUCUUCAA